CCCACCUCAGCUGCAAGGGGCUGUCAACGACAGAUUGCCAGAAGUCGAUAGCUUGCAAUCUGUCCCAUUCUCUAGAAUCGACGCUCUAGAAUCGGCAUUAACAGGUCGAACUUCGCAACCUCACCAGUCUUUUGUGUCUUGCGGGGCUUGACGAAUACUCGAUUCUUGCUUCUGACCUCUCAGUUAUCUUACAUCUUGUAGAGCCCCGAAGCGCUCCAACUUCAACCCCCCUUGCGGACCGUCUCGUACAAUACACCUCCUUAAUACUCUCCACAACUUCACAAGCCACGAUGGUACAAACACCGCAGCAAAGGAGGGCAAACCUCAAGUUCGCCAAGGAGAAUGAGGCGCGCAUGGGCAAGUCGGAAGACCAGAUCAAGAAGCGGGCAAAAGUCGUGGCCAAGUCGCCUAUCUCUCCUAUCUGGCUGGGUCUCCUCGCCUUUGUCGUCUUCGGCGGUCUCGUUUUCGAAAUCAUCUCGCGCAUCUUCCUUCGGUGAUUCGCUAUAAGGGAAGGGCACAUCGAAGGAUACCCGGGAUGAAUUUAAGUGAAUCAAAUAUACCUAUAUGGAGUACAAUCCUCGGGCUGAUCGCGCCAGCGUGCACGAACAUCAUGCCUGAGGAGACUUGUCGACCCGGUCUGGGAUCGAGCCAAGGGCAGGCAGGCGCGCACAUACAUGUAUCAUCAUUUUCUGC